AUGACCUGGAGCCCAACUCUGGCGGAAACGGCCCGCAAAAUUGCGUCGAGCUGCAUUUAUGGCCACGAUACCUCUGUUGAUGGUGGCGGCUACGGGCAGAACAUUGGCGCCGGCUUCCUCUCUACUGCCAUGGGCCAGUUCAUCACCGAGGGCCUCUACAAUAGCGAGGUUAACAACUAUGUCUAUUAUGGUGGGGAACCCAACCUCAACACCCUGUCGCAAUGGGGUCACUUUUCUCAAAUUGUCUGGAAGAGCUCGAUCACGGUUGGCUGUUAUACUAGCGAUUGUUCAGCGACUGGACUAUCCAAUGCUCCUGGAAUUCCUCCAUAUUUCACCGUUUGCAACUAUGGACCUGCAGGCAACGUUAUCGGGGGUUUCGGGGCCAACGUCGGGCCCAGCAUUGGCCUGGCAACUGUCGAUGCCAGCUAUGGGUGCCCCAGUCGGGCCAAUUGUGUUUAA